AUCCGCUAAGUUCUGUCGCCAUGGAUUCCUCCUCUACCUUCAAUUGGUGCCGCCGCCAUGAUCUGUCACUCUCUUCUCUAAGAAUAUGAAUUAAAAUUCAGAAAGUGAUUCUCUAAUAUGUAAUUCAGAAACACACUAAUUCAUAAACUAUACUCUCCAUAAUUAACAUGAAUAUUUGAUAAAUCACAAUUUUAUCUUUCAGUUUGUAAUCACAUUUAAACAAACUCAUUCGUAGAACAAAUGGAUAAAAAUUAUCCGACAACCAAGCAUGGAGACAUGAUGAAAUUCACCAUAACUUCGCUGUAUAGAACAGUACAUAGAAACCCUAAAAGCUCCAUAUGCGUAACAUAGGAUUCAUACAAUUGGAAUGAUCUGAGUAUUUAUUUAUUAGAAAAUUAGUAAAUUACAUAUAGGUCCUCCAAAACCGGCUCAAAGUUUCAUACACAUGUCCUAUCUUACAUCAUUUUCUUGUUUUUUAAAUUAUAGGGUGUGUAUAAAAAAGUGAAAAAAUGCGAAAGUGGCGAUUGGGUGUCUUCCCCUAAUUUAUGAUUGCUUUAAAAUCUCAUCAUAGCUCUGAAUUCCAGCUUUCUAUAUACAUACUAUUUUAAUAUUAAGCUUCACAUCAAGAAAAGCUAAGUCAGCACGGAAGCCCAGAAAUCCCAUCCCAAUUUCUUCCUUAUUUGAUUCUUGGGAAAAAAAGGAAAAGUCUCCAAAAACCCAGGUAGAGUCACUGAACUUGAGAUUGACUGAUCGAUCGAUUGAUCCAAGGGGAUAGAGAAUAGAGAUGAGUGGUGUUACAGUGAGAGAGAGGAUUUCUUCAUUCUUGAACAACAGAUGGCUGGUUUUUGUGGCUGCAAUGUGGAUACAAUCUUGUGCUGGAAUUGGGUAUCUGUACGGUAGCAUUUCACCGACGAUCAAGAGUUCUUUGAGUUACAACCAAAGGCAGAUUGCGAGUUUAGGGGUGGCCAAGGAUUUAGGUGACAGUGUCGGAUUCUUGGCUGGUACCUUGUCUGAGUUUUUGCCUCUAUGGGGUGCUCUUCUUAUUGGUGCAAUUCAGAAUUUCAUCGGAUAUGGUUGGAUUUGGCUUGUGAUCACUGGAAGAACCCCUGUUUUGCCAUUAUGGGCUAUGUGCGUUCUCGUCUUCGUAGGAACAAAUGGUGAGACCUACUUCAAUACGGCUGCACUGGUCUCGUGUGUGCAGAACUUCCCCAAGAGCCGUGGCCCGGUAGUUGGAAUACUCAAGGGGUUUGCUGGGCUAAGUGGCGCUAUCCUGACUCAGAUAUAUACGGUGAUGCAUUCUCCGGAUCACGCUUCUCUGAUAUUCAUGAUCGCAGUAGGGCCGACAAUGGUGGUAAUUGCUCUCAUGUUUAUUGUCCGGCCGGUUGGAGGCCACAAGCAAAUCAGAUCUUCCGAUGGCUUCAGUUUCUCGGUUACCUAUAGCAUCUGCCUCGUGUUGGCUUCGUAUCUGAUGGGAGUCAUGCUUGUCGAAGACUUAGCCAACAUAAGCCACACCAUCAUCACAGUUUUGACUGUGAUUCUGUUCGUCAUUCUGUUGUUUCCCAUCGUCAUUCCCAUCGCAUUGAGCUUAUCUCAGGAGCGAGGAUCAUCGGCAGAAGAGGCUCUUCUCCCCGAAUCGCAACAAGAGGGGCCGAGCAAAUCUAGAGACGACAUUCAAGACAUCAUAUUCAGCGAAAUUGAAGACGAAAAGCCAAAAGAUGUCGAUACGCUUCCAGCUUUGGAGAGACAGAAGAGAAUUGCUCAACUUCAGGCAAAACUAGCGCAAGCCGCAGCUGAAGGAGCUAUAAGAAUUAAGAAACGAAGACCGCACAGAGGAGAAGACUUCACCUUGAUGGAGGCAUUGAUAAAGGCUGAUUUUUGGCUUAUAUUUUUUUCCCUUCUCUUGGGCGCCGGCUCCGGCUUAACUGUGAUAGACAACUUGGGCCAGAUGAGCCAGUCGCAGGGGUAUGACAACACCCAUGUCUUCGUUUCCAUGAUCAGCAUCUGGAACUUUCUGGGCCGCGUCGGCGGUGGCUACUUAUCUGAGAGAGUCGUCAGGGACUACGCCUAUCCGAGGCCGGUAGCAAUGGCUGCUGCCCAAGCGAUCAUGACAGUAGGACAUUUUCUAUUCGCCAUGGGUUGGCCCGGGGCAAUGUAUUUAGGAACCCUUCUCGUAGGGCUCGGGUACGGGGCACACUGGGCGAUUGUUCCUGCUGCAGCCUCAGAACUAUUCGGUUUAAAAAAGUUCGGUGUUUUGUACAAUUUCUUGACGCUAGCUAACCCUGCCGGUUCGUUAGUAUUCUCAGGUCUCAUCGCCAGCAGUAUUUACGACAGAGAAGCAGAGAAACAAGCUCGUGAGCGUCAUCACGGUCAGCUAAGCUUUCUCUCUGUCGACGAUUCUCUGCAGUGCGAAGGUACGGUUUGCUACUUCUUGACUUCCAUGAUCAUGUGUGGACUUUGCGUCGUCGCGGUUGUUUUAAGCAUGGUUUUGGUUUAUCGGACGAAGCGAGUUUAUGCUAACCUUUAUGGAAGAUCUCAUACGUAAGGCGAGUAGUUUGUCGUGUCUUUGUGCAAAGUUGUUGUUGCCGUUAUGUCUGGUUGGUAAUUAUGCUUCGUGAGGAUAGUCGACAACUUACCGUUGUUGUAGCCGUGUACUGCACCUGGCGCGGUGCAUUGCACGGCUCCGUUUCAUGCAUCGCUUGUAGAGUUUUGUUUGUAUAUUCGCCGUCGGUCGGCGAGGAAAGUAUUGUCUGUUUGAGAUCUUUUGUGGCGGGAAAGAAGAGGAGAGAAGGGAAGAUUUUGAUUUGGUCGAA